CCAACGUCUGACCCUCAGCGUCAAGGCUGGAGUGACUGUGCUUUAUUCAGCGUGGGAGUCCGAGCCAAGCGGAGCAUCAGCUGAUCGUCACAUGAACAUAGCAGGCAUCGUUGCCCGAGCCAGGCCUCGCAGGGGCGAGUGACGUGCGGUGACGUCACGGCCCCGUGCGGGAAAUCUGACGCUGCAGGUGGCGCACGUGGUCUGCUGUUUACUUCUUUCAGGAACACCAGGAACACUGGGAGCAGCUGGCGCGGAGGAGGGGCGCGCGCGGAUUGUGGGUAGAGUUUCAUUGCUCAGCAUUUGGACGAGGACAGAAAACAGCGCCGGCUAAAAUGUCGCAGUGAUCCCGUCGCAGUUGCGACCUCAGAGAUUCUCCAGACGACGCCGACCUCGGCAGCAGAAGGCUAAAAUGCUCGGGAGCCUGUUUACCCAGUUACAAGUGACCUCCAGAGGUUCAGAGAGAGAGCGAGGCCAGAGCCAGCAGCAGACGCCCGCCCUGGCGGACUUCAUACGUCACAUCAGGAAUCUGACAGGCCUCAAAAACAGCGACAUCUACUCCAACCUGCGCGUCCCGGACCAGUUUGAGAACAGCGACGACGACAUCAACGUCGUCAUCCUCACUGGCCAGGGGAUCUUCUGCGUGGACGUGAAAGCCUGGAGCGGCACGGUGUCCGCUCACAACCGGAAGUGGCACGUCCAGGUGAGAGAAGAGGCCCGAAACGUCACCAAUACCUGCAUCGAACAGGUCGAAGAUCCCCUCAAAGCAAUAACGACCAAGGCGGCCGACCUGUGCGGCCAUUUGAGGAGGAGCGGCGUGUCGGUGCGCCGGAGCCUCUUCUUCCCCAGGGUCGUGUUCCUCUCCCCAGACUGCGAGCUGGACGAGGACCUGAGGAGAUCCAGGGAGCUGGUCUCCCACAGCCAGACCGACGACUUCCUCAGAUCUCUGCGGGAGGGCUACGUGGCCUGGAUAUCGGAUGCCCUGACGCCGUCCUGGCUCUCGGGUCAUCUGUCGUACAGGCAGAUGGACUCGGCGCGGGAGGUCCUGGGCCGGGUGGGAACCUGGGAUCUGCUGCGGCUGCACUGCGGCGGGCUGCUCAAGGGCGACUUCCAGGGCUGCCAGUACAUCGCGCUGGACCGGGCCGAGACGGACACGCUGGAGUUCUCCAGGGUCAAGGUCCUGUCUCCGGACCUGCUGCUGACGCUGCUGGGACACACUCCUCAGGUCACCGUUAAGAUGUACAAGCGUGGCUCUCAAGGCUGGCUGGGAAAAACCCUGAGCGCCACCACCACCAUCCCCUCCAACACCUGCGUGAUCUUCAGGAUCGCCGGGGACGAAGCCGACGCUAGGAUCCCGGCCAAAACCAUCCACAGCAUCACGCUCAGCAUAUGACGAAGCUGCUGACGAAGAAGAGGAGGGGAAAAUGAGAACUAACUCUGAAUCCUGUUUUUACUAAGUGCCUUUAACCGGCUUCGUUUGGAUCGGAUGCUGUGAAUUUUAUGCAAAAAGUAGGAAAAACCAAACACUUUACCCCUCAACAGCAACACUUUGUUUUAGAAUAAUUAGCCUGAUUAACUUUCUCCUCCUCCACGUUUAGAGCUGGCCUCGCUUUACACCAGCCAUCAGUUGAUCAUUACGUUGGCUGAUUGUGUCACGUCGGUUCAGGGCUGAAGUGUUUAAUGUGUUAAUUGUCGUGGUUGAAGCCAGGAGGCGGCCUCCGCUGUGGGGUUGAGAGGCUGUGAUGCGCCUUUAAAUGCUGCAGCCGUAAGGCGUUUUAUUAGCAGCCGCGUGCGUCCGAGUCGCUCUCCACCGGGUGCCGGGCUGCGCUAACGGCUAGCGCUUGUAGCGGGCCUGGUUGUGUGGGAAACGAAGCUGCUUUCAUCAGCUAAUGCAAUAGACGGAGCUGUGUGACGGUGCUAUCGCUUUGCAUGGAACGCUCCCCUGGAAAAGUCAAACGUUCGAGUAUUACACUGCAUUAGGUCCUUUUCCAAAGCACUUAGUCUAUAAUGUCGGAUUAUCUGGGAUGAAAAGCAGGCUGUUUUAUGGAAAUCUGUUAACUUCAAGGUGCAUGUAGGUUUUAUUGUUUGGGUGUGGAUAAAUGUGUUUUUUUUUUUUUUUUAAUCAAACCUGAAGCACUGAAGCGUGGCUGUUUUGUGUUUGUGUGCGUCUGUGUGGGUUUUUAGACAUUGUGUCAUGAAGUGCUCCUAUGUUCACCUGUGUUUUAAUAAAAAGGUGUAACGAUG